AUGGCAGACUCUAAUCACACUCCAGGUAGCCGAGCUAUCAAGAUACCUACGUCGAGACUCAAGAAUGAGAGCUUCAAUACUCCUUCUCACCGUCGACCGAAACGGAGUGACCGAAUGCAACGAGACGAUAGCGGUACAGAAGGCUCAAGCUCUAGUUUUGACACAACCCCCGCCUCAAUGUCGGCUUCAGAGCGAAGAGAGGCAACACUUCUGCGUACAAGCCAGACGAUAGCUUCGCCUGCGAAUAUACAACCAUCAACUUACACCUUUACAGCACAAGCCGAAGCCCACACUUCUCAACGCAAAGACAAGCAUAGAGCAACCUACGACGUACGACCUCCAGAGUCCGUACCUGUGACUACACUGCAAUCUACCCACGACUACACAUCUCCACUAAGUCCGAGCAUGCUAUCCUCGUCCUCUUACAAGUCCAUCAACCUCACGAACCACAUGUCAGGUCCAGACGAGCCAGCAAGAAUCAUUACCUACACAAAGCACAGUCAAGGUUUCACCUGGAAUGACGAGCUAUUCUUGCCCAGUUACCUUGUGGGCCGCAGAUACAGAGGUUCAAAAGCUAGGUGGAGAUGGGGACAGGACGACGAAGAUGACAUGGAUAUUGACGAGGGAGAUCUACCUUUUGAUGAGGAGGUUGAUCGGUGUCCGGUUGCUGAUAUUUUCGUGACGGAUGAGGAGGCUGCUGCCAUGCUGCCAUGA